AUGGAGAGCUGCGCAACUGCUGUCAAGGGAAUCACUAUAGCUGCGCCAGAGCGAGGGAGCCCUAGUACCUACUUUAUCAAAUUCUCCAAAGUGGCAUAUCUUAACUCUGUACUUCAGUUGGACAUUCGUGGAAAAAUAGGAACAAAAAUGUUGUCACCAAAGACAGAUUAUGUUGCUUAUUUGGUGUUCCAAUUGGGAAGAAGGUCAUGUGAACUUGAAUAUGCUAAUUCAAUUAUUAGGUUUGUUAAAUAUGAGAGUGAUACUGAGACUGAAGAACAAGCCAAUACUUUGAAACUUGUGACAUCGGCAAAACUGAGAGGAGAUGGAUGGAUGGAAGUAGAACUGGGACAUUUCAAUAGCAAGGAAGGUAGUGAUGGUCCUGUCGAAGCAAGAUUGUUUGAGAUGAAACGUAGUAGUAUCAAAAGUGGCCUCAUUGUGGAAGGAAUAGAGUUUCGUCCCAAAAUAAUCAAAUGCAGGGAGUCAAAGGUGGAUUUGAAAUUUUAA